AUGUCGCAUACGAACGAGGAAUCCUACCCUUGCAACUUUUGCAACGAAGUCUUUUCUAUGAUUUCCGAAUUCAAAAGACAUUUACGGACGCAUACACAAGAGAAACUGUUUAAAUGCGAGUUUUGCAAGAAAGCGUUUUCCCGGAAUGAGCAUUUAAAAGUACAUUUGCGUCUGCAUACAGGAGAGAAACCAUAUACAUGCGAGUUUUGCGAGAAAGCCUUUACCAGGAAGGGGCAUUUAAAAGUACAUUUGCGUCUGCAUACAGGAGAGAAACCAUAUUCCUGUAACAUUUGUAGCACAGCCUUUAAGUAUAAGAGGCAUUUUAAAAGACAUGUAGAUACGCAUACAGGGGAGGAACCGUAUACAUGUGAAUUUCGUAAGGAAGCCUUUUCGGAUAAGGAGAGUUUCAAAAUACAUUUACAGGCACAUACACAAGAGAAACUGUAUACAUGCGAGUUUUGCAAAAAAGCCUUUUCCCGGAACGGGAGUUUAAAAGAUCAUUUGCGUCUGCAUACAGGAGAGAAACCGUAUACAUGUGAAUUUUGUAGGAAACCCUUUUCGAAUUGGGGUGGUUUCAAAAGACAUUUAAGGACGCAUACGGGAGAGAAACCAUAUGCAUGCGAGUUUUGCGAGAAAACCUUUACCAGGAAAGGGCAUUUAAAAGUACAUUUGCGUCUGCAUACGGGAGAGAAACCGUAUACUUGUGACGUUUGUAAUAAACCCUUUUCAGAUAAGGGGAGUUGCAAAAGACAUUUACGUACGCAUACGGAAGAGAAACCAUGUAUAUGUGAAUUUUGUAACAAACCCUUUUCGGAAAAUUGGAGUUUGAAUAGUCAUUUACGUAUGCAUACUACAGAGAAAACGUAA